CGCGGGGCGGGGAGGAAGCGUCAGUCGGGAGGACCGGGGUUCUAUCUGCAUCUCUUCUUCGGGCUCUUCGCUCGCUCCCAGGAGCUACGGGCCUCAUCGGCGGUAGCUCAAGUGACAGAGAGCGCCUCCAGCGAGCCCUCGCGGUGCCGUUCCCGCUGCGCGCGCGCCGCUCGUCUUCGUAAUCGGCUCUACCCGCCGCCGGUGGAUGCGUGAGGCGACGACGGGCGAGCGACGCGAGCCGCGUUAGCAGCCGCGGCCUCGGGUCCUCCCUCCGCCUCUCCCUCUGUUCGCCCCCCUCCACUUCCCUCCUCCCACUUCCCAAGCUCCGGCGCGUCCCGGCCACGGUCGGUGCUACUGCAAGAACAAAAGGACCCCGCGGCGGCGGCAGCGCCACCUCCGCCUGCGGCGCCUACUGGCUCCUGGCCCGCGGCGGCGGCUUCAGGGCUUUCGGCUCGCCCCCCUCGGAGGCUUCGGACCGGCCCCACCGCCCCGGCGUCACGCGCCAGCCGGGCUCUUGCACUCGGGCUCACGCAGGCUGAAAAAUAUGGCUCAGGAGACUAACCAGACCCCAGGGCCCAUGCUGUGUAGUACAGGAUGUGGCUUUUAUGGGAAUCCUAGGACAAAUGGAAUGUGUUCUGUUUGCUACAAAGAACAUCUUCAGAGGCAGCAGAAUAGUGGCAGAAUGAGCCCAAUGGGGACAGCUAGUGGUUCCAACAGUCCUACCUCAGAUUCUGCAUCUGUACAAAGAACAGACGCUAGUUUAAACAACUGUGAAGGUGCUGCUGGCAGCACAUCUGAAAAAUCAAGAAAUGUACCUGUGGCUGCCUUGCCUGUAACUCAGCAAAUGACAGAAAUGAGCAUUUCAAGAGAGGACAAAAUAACUACCCCGAAAACAGAGGUGUCAGAGCCAGUUGUCACUCAGCCCAGUUCAUCAGUUUCUCAGCCUAGCACUUCUCAAAGUGAAGAAAAAGCUCCUGAGUUACCCAAACCAAAGAAGAACAGAUGUUUUAUGUGCAGAAAGAAAGUUGGCCUUACAGGGUUUGACUGCCGAUGUGGAAAUUUGUUUUGUGGACUUCACCGUUACUCUGACAAGCACAACUGUCCAUAUGAUUACAAAGCAGAAGCUGCAGCAAAAAUCAGAAAAGAGAAUCCAGUUGUUGUGGCUGAAAAAAUCCAGAGAAUAUAAAUUACUACUUGUGAAGAGACUGAAACUUUGUUUUUAUUUUAAUAUAUCGUAGGAAAACAUUAAAGAGCAGAUGCAUGGCCAUUUUCCUUUGAUGUUCUCCAGAGUUUUACUUUAUACUUGUCUGUCUUAUUGAUAUUUUAGGAUGUUUGGGUGUUUGUUACAGGCAGAAUUGGAUAGGUACAGCCCUACAAAAUGUAUAUGCCCUCCCUUAAAUAAAAUUGGAUGAAAAUCUGCACAUCAAAUUGAAUUACAGAUACUAGGGACAAAAUUUAGUUCCCACGUGCCAAACAAAAUCCGUGAAAUCUCUGCAUGUUUGCAGCGUUUCUGCCUUUUGGGAAUGUAAUCAAGGUAUAAUCUUUGGCUAGUGUUAUGUGCCUGUAUUUUUCUUAAAAAUGGUACACCAGAAAAGGACUGGCAGUCUACUUCCAUCAUAAUUAAACUUCACCUUGUUAAUUUCCACAUGUUCUUUGGAAGCUGGAAGAAGGCGAUAAAGAGGAUCAGACCUUUCCAUGAAACCAGUAUUUGAUGCCAUGUAUAAGCCUGGCUAGUCAGUCUAAAAGCUGUCAAAUAAGACAUUCUGUGAAAGGUAAACAUCACAACUGGUUGUCAUAGGAGUAAAACCAUCAAGCAACAGGGUUUGAGCUACCAUUGAAGCUUACUGUGCUGGCUGCACCAGAAGAUGUCUGCAUUACUCAUUGCUAAAAACGUGUAGCACAGAACUGCACUAGGAUUAAUUUGUUUACAAGAAGAAAUUAAAACUACAUUUGGUUUUCAAAUACAGCAGCACUACUGAAUAACAUGCAUCUGAAUUUUAAGUUGCAAAAGCAUCUGAACAGUUAAUUUUUCAUGUGCAUCUUUUGUUGAAUGUUUUGGUUCAAGAAAGAAUGUUUAAAGCUUUUUUAAAGACUUCAGUUCUUAAUGUAACUACCCUUCUGCAUGGAAAAUCAUAACCAACAUGGCUGCAGUAGACUUAGUGGUAUCCAGCACCACUUGCAGAGGGCUGCUUAUCAUAUUAAUUGUACUUGGGUGUAGGACUCUAGUGUUCUUGGGUGUAUUGCAUGGGCUGCAUUAUUUACAGCAUUGUACAAUAACAACUAGAAGAGGCAGUAUACUUCACUGAUGCUUGUCUGGUAAUACCACUUCUGUGUUAUAAUGGGAGGUUUUCUGUGAUGUAUGAAAUGUGCGUGUUUUUUUUUAAUAUAUAAAUGAGUAUAGUUAGAUUAGUGUUGUGGUAAUGCCUGUUUUCAUCUGUAAAUAGUUAAGUAUGUACACGAGGCACUACUCUGAUUUAUUGCAGUGUUCAGUCCUAGUUUUUACUUUCAUUCUUAAAGCAUUCAAUUUUGCUUUCAAUUUUAUGUACCUUAGUUCUGAGUUAGAUUUGCAGAUGUGUACAGAUAGUUCAUAUUUAUGUAUUGCACAUAAUCAUGCUAUCCAGCAUUGAUGCUAUAUUGUAUUAUGUAAAUAAUAAAAGCCAUGUACAGAGGGAAACUUCAACUUGUUCAUUGGGUUUUUAAGCUAUAGUUAGAAAUUCUACAGAGACAUAAUUAGAAAAUGUUUCAUAAUCUUUUAGUUACAUGUGUAGAUUUUACAUGGCUAUGUUGUACAUUUUUCAUUGCCAUCUCAACAUGUGUUCACAUGAGAACCAUGAGAUGAGUUUUGUGAAGUGUCUUCAAGUAUAAUACAUAACAGGUGAUUGUUUUUGAAAGAAAUGAAAAGGCAUUUUUAGGAUCUUAUCACCUAAGAAAGGAAGGAAAUUUGAACAAUUAUGGUCUGCCUACCCUAUUUGGUUUUAUUUUAUAGGUGACAUUCUAGGCAUGACAGUUGGCAUGAGAACAGGUGUAGUUUUGAUUUACUUUUUUGGAUGUGGCCCUAAUGUAGAGAUUGGAUCCAUGGGCUUGGUCUUUGAAGCUUUCACGUGAGAUAACGAAUAACUGACAAGUUCUGACUUUGCCCAUGGAGUAACAGAAGCCAAGAACAGAAACAUGGCUGCUCAGUGAUAGAAUUUCAAAUGGAAAUACUUAUCCUGGUUCACUAUUUUUCACAGUUCUUUGGGUUUUGAUGCAUUUGCUUCAAGUGAGGGAAAUGUGUAGAAGUUUAUAUAUGGGAUAAGGUAGUAUUUCCUGAAAUAUGAAGGAUUGCAAUUGACUUGAUAAUUAUGGUUUAAAACUAUGACUUAAUUUCCCUUCUCAGUGCUACCUCUGUCAACAUUUACUUGAUACGCUUUAACAGUAUGUGGGGGAUAAAGAAGACACUUAGGAAGAUGAUGGACCCUCAGACUUCAUUGGUUUAUAAAGGUCUUUGAAUAAA